AUGGCGAGCCUUACUCUCUACGGUUACUAUCGGUCGUCUUGCUCGGCUAGACUUCGCAUAGCCCUCGACUUGAAGGCCAUCGAGUACAAGGCUGUCUACGUUAAUCUCAACAAAGGCGAGCAUCUCAAGGAGGAAUACGGUGCAAGGAAUCCGUCUCGCUCUGUUCCUACCUUGAUGGUCGACGAUUCAUGGUGUAUACCGCAGUCCAUGGCAGCUCUAGAAUAUCUCGAAGAAGCUUAUCCGCACUCGACACCUCUUCUUCCCGCAGAUGCAAAGUCUAGGGCAGAUGUCCGCACCUUGACAGACAUCAUCGCUGUUGACACUCAGCCACCAACCAACGAUACGCCCAUGAAGCGUGCACAAUCUUCUGGCGCCGAUCGCUUGGAAUGGGCACAAUUCUUCACUGAAAGAGGGCUCAAAGCGUUUGAGACUGUUGCCAGCAGAACAGCUGGACGAUACUGUUGCGGUGACACAAUCACUUUGGCCGAUGUUUGCUUGGUGCCUGCUUUGUGGAAUGCCGAGAAGUUCGGAGUCGCGAUCGAGUCUUUUCCCAUUAUUUCUCGAGUGUAUGGUGUUUUGAAGGAGCAUCCUUCGUUCGUCAAGUCUCACUGGCAGAAUCAACCUGAUUGUCCAGAGGAGCUGAGAUAG